AUGACUUUAAUAAAACCGUUCCCUCAGGGAACGAUCAGAUUAAGGUUGAGAGAAUUUAGUAGUGAAAAUUUCAAUUAUUAUGGAAUUACUGAUAAGACAUCAUGCCCAUUAUGCAAGUUAGGCCAUGAUGAUAAUGAAAGCAUAGAAGGUAGAUAUAAAGCUGGAUCCUAUUUUAUUAAAUGUGAACAGCGCGAAAUUGAGAUAAUUGCAUAG